CUGACUCGCCUCCUGUCAGUGUCAGUCAGUCAGUCAGUCGCGUGCAAGCAGGAACGUAGCGAGCAGUAGAAGCUUCGGAUUGUUCGGCUUGAAUGUGUUUGAUGUUUUCAUUGAAUUUGCGUGUUUCGUGCCCUUCGUCCAUCAUCAGCCCCGUGAAAUAUGUGAUUCGCAGUCCGGCGCCCCUAAAGUUAACGUCGUAAUCGCCAAAAAACAGGCAGCUGUUCGCUGGCCAGGUGAACCGACCGUUACCAGGUUCUAACGUUUCGGUUCCGGUGGUUCGAAAAAAGCGCCCGAAAGCGCAUCAAAUAGGGGAACGGGUUCAGUGUUUUGUGGUGGGUUUUUGUGCGAUUGGGGCCCCACCAAUGCUGGAUUACCCGACGAGUCAGGAUGGGCUGCUCCAGCUGGAGGGCAGCGUCCUGGAGGGCGUCAUUCAGAAGGCGAACAUCCUGGAGGUUUACGAGGUGGACAAGAAUCCGCUCGGCAGAGGUAAAUACGCAACAGUCUGUCGAGCAGUUCACCGGAAAACUCGCACUCCUUUUGCGGCCAAAUUCGUGCGAAAACGACGCCGGAACCAGGAUCAGAUGAAGGAGAUCAUACACGAAAUUGCCGUUCUGAUGCAGUGCUCAUCGACCAGCCGAGUGAUUCGGCUUCAUGAAGUCUACGAGUCUGCCACGGAAAUGAUUUUAGUUCUGGAAUUGGCCGCUGGCGGCGAACUGCAGCACGUCCUGGACGACGGCCAAUGUCUGAGCGAAUCGGAAGCGCGCAAAGCAAUGAAGCAGAUCCUAGAGGGCGUCAGUUACCUGCACGAUCGCAACAUCGCCCACUUGGACCUCAAACCUCAAAAUCUGCUGUUAUCGAUUGAGGACAGUUGCGAUGACAUCAAGCUGUGCGAUUUCGGCAUUUCGAAAAUUUUGCAACCCGGCGUCACAGUACGAGAAAUUUUAGGUACUGUGGAUUAUAUCGCACCCGAAGUGCUCAGCUACGAGCCGAUCUGUUUGUCGACCGACAUUUGGUCGGUUGGAGUUUUGGGUUACGUUCUGCUGUCCGGAUUCAGUCCGUUUGGGGCCGACGAUAAGCAGCAAACGUUCCUCAACAUUUCCAAAUGCAACCUCAGUUUCGAACCCGAACAUUUCGAAGACGUUUCCAGUGCGGCGAUAGAUUUUAUUAAAAGUGCCCUUAUAGUCGAUCCAAGGAAACGACCGACAGUGCACGAGCUGAUGGACCAUCCAUGGAUCUCGUUGAAAUCCAACCUCAUGCAGCCGCUGUCCGCGCCAAUCAGAUCGCCCGAGCCGAUCAACGUCACGCCCAGAUCGACGCCGAUCGGCCAGCGCAAGAGUUUCAGCUGUUUGAGCAGCGACGGCGGCUGCGCCGAUCUAACGCCCAAAUCCAAAGACUUCAAGGCGGCGCAUGCGCGCACCACGCUGAGCGGCUCGUUCGCCGAAUCGCCCGUUCGUACGUACUCGGUGACCGCUCAAUGUAUUUGUGCGCAGUGCGGCCCCACCUGCCGCCAUCUGUCGCACGCGCCCGUCACCAAAACCACCAUCACCAUCGACCGCGCCAUCUUGUGCUAGUUUGCGCGUUUUUCCCCCGGGUAUCUGGAUCGCUGCCAGGCUCGCUUCAAUGGGCGCAACAAGGGUGCUAGACGGAGACACGGCUAAUGUUGCGCCGUCUCGCUCCAGCCCAGGCGGUGUCUGUGUCUUCUGGCCUUGUUGCGCCCGCAUGUUUCAAGAAAAAUUCAAUUUCUGACCCAAAUUUGGCGGGCUGGCGCCCACUCAAGUGGACACUGGGGCUGCGCCGAUGUACUGCGUGUUGGGUUUUUCCGGGGGUUUCCCCGCUGAAGCCCCGGGAAUUUUUUGCUGCACGCCUGCAGUCUUGCAGAGGUUUUUCCGGAUACCCGGAAAACCUGGCCCGAUGGCGGAAAAUCCCAAGGGGCAAAAGUUGGGGGGAAUUGAAUGGGGAUUUGGAUUUUUUUGGUUGGGAAAGGCAGGGGCGCGCAGCAAGGGGCGGGGCCCGAUAACAGCCACACCCAGUAGGGUUUUGCGGGGGUCCAGGGUGGGCUGCGCAGCCGCCAGCAGAAUUUGCGCGCAACAUCGGCAACACCGGCGGAAUCAGGGGCCGUUUUGCGUUUUGCAAAUCCGCUCUAGUCAAAGGAUGGUUUGUUGCACUUUUUCACUUCUGUUCAGAUCCCGCGGGGAAACGCCACUGGAAAAUACUGUGUUAGCUAUUGUUACUCUCAUUUCGCUGUAUGUACGCACUUUUGUUUCGUUUCGUUAAGCCCCGCCCCCUGAACCGCACGCCACUGGGUCGACCGGCCGCGUGCGGUCCAGCCCCUGUGUACAGAUCUAGUUCUUAUUUAAGCAGUAAUUUAUGUUUCCGUUGCUUUUUACUUUUGAUUUGGUCCUUAUUCUAAAUAAAGGUUGAUUUUUUGUC